UUGAAGUGAAAACGACGUUACGUAAUCGAAACGGUUUCAAGAGAAGAAUUUAAACAAAUUAAAUUUCGUUUUCACUCAAAAAAAAAAUUUAAUUAAAAACAUAAAUAUCAAAAUGGCAACCAGCGCUUACGAAUUAUCAAAAACUUAUCGUUAUCGCAAGGUAAUGAAGCCGCUAUUGGAGCGCAAGCGUCGUGCGCGCAUCAACCAAUGCCUCGAUGAACUCAAAGAGCUGAUGGCCGAAUGCGUGCAACAGGAAAGUGGCGAACCGGAGGUGAAAUUGGAGAAAGCCGACAUACUCGAAUUAACAGUCGAACAUUUGCGUAAAAUGCGCCAACAGCAGUCGAAGUCAAAGAGCGCAAAUGAAGGCGCACGCCAAAGCUUCCGAUCCGGCUACAUUAAGGCGGCGCAUGAAAUUUCACGUUGUCUCGCCACAUUACCAAAUGUAGAUGUACAAUUGGGCACACAUUUGAUGACACAACUUGGCCUGCGUCUUAAUCAAUUAGAAUGCCAGUAUCAGGAGGUACGCACUACUAUCAAUCAACCGUUAAGCGUUAACUGUGGUGCACCUACUCUCUCAUCAUCAUCCAGUGCCUCCAUGUACAGCCCGGUUUCCAGCGGCUAUGCCAGUGACAAUGAAUCGACUACCUCAAGUCAAACAGCAGCGACCAGCAGUGGACUGCUACAGGUGUCGUCAGCAAAUGUGUGGCGUCCUUGGUAAGCGACAACCAGAAUCACCAACAGUCAUUAGAAGCGCCAGCGAAAUGUUGCAGCGGACUAAACUUAAACAUAAGAAAUAUUCUACCAACGGUCUCAUUAUGAUUUAAGAGAAAUUGUUUUUUAAUUUUAAUGAUAUCAUUUUUUUUUUGCAAACUGUUAUUAGAAAAUUAUCUUAAUUAGGAAAUUAGUUUUGUGAACUGUGAUAGGACAAGCUUUAGUUACAUAUGCAUGCAUACAAACAUUUACGAAGUAGUAGUUAAGUAUACACACUUCCAUACAUUCAUUCGUAGUUGUGUAUUUAGAUAUAGUAAGUAAUUGGAAAUGAAAACAUCAAUAUGCACAUAUACAUACAUAUGGACACAUAUUAAUAUAUGAUUCGAAAAUGAAUUGAACAACAU